AGACAGAAGGCUACAGCGAGGACAGAGAGAGAGGAGGAGGAGGAGAGAGCCGCGGUUACUGCGCACAGUGGGCCCAUACGCUCCACUCAUCACUGAAGACAAAACAACUAGUCUGAAAACCCCGAAAUUAUUCUCUGGCUGGAAAAAGAAAUCCUAAAAUAAGACCAGCUAACUGAUAAUUACUCCGGGAGAGGUGAACCUUCUUUUUUUCUCGCAGCCUGUGAAGGAGGCAAGUCGGCGGAGGAUCGGCGGCGCGUCGGAGGGAGAGGAGAAGGACCGUAUACAGAGAAACGUGGAGAGUCCUCAGGCUGAGCAGAAACUGUGUUUUCAAACCAGAAAAGGGAAGCGAAUUUAUUUCCCUGGAUGUAUAAUGAGUUGUUCGUGACAGCGAGGACUGUGGCUGAACUAUGAACUAGAGGGUUUAAAGUUGGAGGAAUAACAGACGCAGACAGGAGGACCCCGCGUCGUGAUAUUUUGCGUUUUUACGCGAGCACUUGUGGACUUUACAGCAACAAAAUAAAAAAACGGUUCAUAGUUUUAAACUGAACUGAAAGGACGCUUUGCAUUUAAAACUCCAUUUUCUUCCUCUUUUAUUUUCUCAGUCUGAGAUGGUUCACAGGAGCAAGAGAGCGGAUAUACAUGACUGGGACAAGUUGUGAUUUUUCCUCACAUCAUCGCCUCCAUCAGAAGCUGUUUGCUUUAAAAGAAAAGAAAAAACACGGACCGCAAAAACCAAAGACAUUCAUGUGCGUGAGGAUUCAAAUUUGUGUUUCUUCCUUUUCGAUAUAACUGAGAAAAGAAAUACCUCAUAAUUUAUUAAACCCGGAGAGUCAUAACCCUUUGUGAACUCCCAAAGGAAAGUUAAACAUUUUCUUUUGUCAGACUGGCUGCAGAUCCUCUUUCCUCUCAAACACACAUUAAAAAUAACACCUAAAUAGUUUCGGCUCUACAGCAAAUAAGGCUUUACUGUUUUGUUUUCCCAAAUGAUGAGGAUUGAGACGAUAUAAAACCUCUGACAGAAACCAUUCGGUGUGGAUUAUCACCCCUACUAUUACCUCAGCCUGACCCCGACCUUCACAAAGUAGCAGAGUGCAGAAGGUUGGAACAAUGCCAGAUUCACCUGCGGAUGUGAAAACCCAGCCCAGGUCCACCCCACCCACCAUGCCUCCUCCACCCCCGGCUGUCAGCCAGGCAACCAAUCGCAACGCUUCAUUCACCCCAACUACAAGUAAAUCAAUGCUGAAUGGGAGCAGCCACUCUCCUACAUCACUGAACGGUGCUCCCUCCACUCCUAAUGGCUUCAGUAAUGGGCCAGCGAUGUCCUCCACCGCCUCGCUUUCAAACCAGCAGCUCCCGCCAGCUUGUGGUGCCCGGCAACUGUGCAAGCUGAAGCGCUUCCUGACCACGCUGCAGCAGUUUGGCAACGACAUAUCGCCUGAGAUCGGGGAGAGGGUGCGCAGCCUGGUGCUCGGACUGGUGAACUCCACUCUCACCAUCGAAGAGUUUCACUCCAAACUUCACGAGGCCACUAACUUCCCCCUGAGACCGUUUGUCAUUCCUUUCCUAAAGGCAAACCUGCCCCUGCUGCAGAGAGAGCUGCUGCACUGUGCCCGGUUGGCCAAGCAGACUCCAGCUCAGUAUCUGGCCCAACACGAGCAGCUUCUCCUGGACGCCAACGCCAGCUCGCCUCUCGACUCCUCUGAGAUCAUGAUGGAGAUGAACGAGCACGGCAAGAGGAGAACCCCUGACAGGACCAAAGACAGCUCCGACAGAGAUGGCAUGCACCCUGAGCACCUAGCCAAGAGACCCUGCACCAUCAGCCCGAGCCAACGCUUCAGUCCCAGCACAGGUCUUCCUGCUCACCCACCUCCCAAUGGUCUCACCACACACCCUCCAAACGGCCUCUCCCACCCACCCAACCCCCAAAUGGCACCCCAGCACUAUCGGCUAGAAGACAUGGCUUUGGCGCACCAAUACAGAGACGCUUACAGACACAACGAGCACCGCGAGGUCCGAGACAGACACCGGCAGACAGCUGUGCAUGGAGCCCGCCAAGAGGAGGUCAUUGAUCACCGUCUCACAGAUCGAGAGUGGGCAGAGGAAUGGAAGCACCUUGAUAAUCUCUUGAACUGCAUCAUGGACAUGGUGGAGAAGACGCGCCGGUCUCUGACAGUGCUGCGCCGCUGUCAGGAGGCUGACCGCGAGGAGAUGAACCACUGGAUCCGGCGCUACAGUGACGUGGAGGAGAUGAAAAAAGGUGGGAGCAACGGACAGCACUGCCUUCCUCCUCCUCCUCCUCUUCCUCCUACUCCUCACCACAACUCCUCCUCCAACACAGCUAGCAGCGAGUCACUGCCCAUAGGAACGUCCUCGGCUGCUGAAAGGCAGACAGGCAGACAGACAGAGAUCCACAGAGACUUCUUACAUAGGCCUCCCUCAGGAUAUCUGCCAGAGGAAAUCUGGAGGAAAGCCGGUACUACAAGCAUCCCGAUCUCCCCGGCUCUAAAGCACCUCCAAAACAGGCAGGAGGAGGCUGUGAAUGAGGUGAAGCGACAGGCGAUGUCAGAGCUGCAGAAGGCGGUGUCAGACGCAGAGAGGAAGGCUCAUGAGAUGAUUUCAGCAGAGCGCUCAAAAAUGGAACGAGCUCUCGCUGAGGCCAAGAGACAGGCAUCUGAGGAUGCACUGACAGUCAUCAACCAGCAGGAGGACUCCAGUGAAAGCUGCUGGAACUGCGGGAGGAAAGCCAGUGAGACAUGCAGCGGCUGCAACACGGCUCGCUACUGCGGCUCCUUCUGCCAACACAAAGACUGGGAGAAGCACCACCACGUCUGUGGUCAGGGCCUGCAGGGGAUGCCGGGGAGCAGCACUGUCCCUCUCGGCACCCCCUCCUCCACUUCCACCUCCUCAGCGUCCUCUAGUGCGCCUCCCACCCACUCGGAGAGCACUCCUCCAGGACCCCAUUCCCUGGUGGGCCAGAGCAGUAUUGCAGGAGGGGCCGGCAGCGGUAGUGGAAGUGUGUCUGCCAGCCCUAAGGAGAGCAGUUCCAGCAGUGCCUCUCGCUCCACGACCCCAGCUACCCCCGCCCUGCUGGAGGCGACUUCUCGUUGAAGUUUGCCCCUCGUCCCCCGCCCCCCCUGUGUACUGAUGAGACAGUGAUCACUCUCCACACAUAACCAAACUGAGGAAUCUUCAUCGCACACUGCUCCCCUCUCCUCCUCCUCACUUUCAGUCCUGAUUUCCCUCUUCUGAUAAUCUUCACUACCUGAUGAUUGACGCUCACCUUCCCUCUAAAACACUCCUCUUUAACAGCCACACAUGCAAAGAUUUCAGCCUAGGGUACAGAGUAAAGGAUGAUGAUCUCCUAUAGCACAGAUACAUAUCAGAUGUGUUUGACUUGAUGAUAUGACUAAGAUGUUCCCUCAGUAAUGAAAGCAACUCUGUCCACACAAGGACAGCAGAUAAGGGCUGUGGUAAGGAAACAUAAAUCAGGGGGAUGAGUCGGCCAAUUAGCACUUGGAUUGGAUUUCCCUUUAAUUUAGCACCAAUGACAGAACAGUACCAAGCCCUGAGAUGUGCACUACCAGUCCAACCAGGUCACUGAUGUGGCACUUAUUCUACAGUGUCCUAGAGGAGACAGGAAAGAACAUCCCUUUUUUAAUUUCAAAGAACGAGGGAAGAAGAGGAAUAACCUGUGAUGUGAUUCAUUCCUCAGAAACACAGCUUAGUAUUUAUUACGUUUCUUUUUGGCUUUAAGGGAAAACAAAGAAAGUCCAAAUAUUCUAAGUUAAGAAUAAUAGUGAUGAUGACGAUGCUGAUGAUGAUAACAAUAAUAAUAUGAAAAUAAAUUAACUUUAAACUGCUAACUACCUUGCUAGCGAGCCAAGAAAAUCUACACCGGACUCACCUCUCUGCACCAUUGUGAACCCAAAUGAAUUCAAAGAUGACAAAUAACAUGAUCCAAACCUUUGUAUUACACUGCCAAAGUGAGUAAGUAAGCGAUAAGGAGAAGCACUCAUCUUAUAACCAAACGCAAAGCAACAUCACCUCCUCAGCAGAUAAGCCAGCCCUGAGAGGACCGGGCUGCAGAGAGGCUGCGGAACGGGACCCAGAGAUAGUCCAGACAUUCAAAAAAAAAAGAACAAAACUGUGACCUGCUUUGAUCUGCAGCCCGGACGAAACUACAGCGAUUCCUCGGCGACGGCCCAGACUAGUGAAUAUGGACGAUGCUGUGAACUUGCCUACGAGAAAGAUUUAAGGAAACGGAUGGAAACCCUGCCACAGUGUGAUUUUUUAGUGAAUGGUAACAGAGAGGACAGAGAGAAGAAAAGAGGAAAGGAAAAGCUACACAGCCUCAAAGGAGAUAAAAAAGAAAAACCUCAAAACAAGCUUGAAAACAUUGUCCAAGAAGGAAUUGCAUACUACGGGAAGGUUGUUUGUAAGUCAUUUUUUUAAAAAGCUCCACAACAGGGAGAUCUUUCAAGGAAUUGCUGUUACCUUUACAUUCACUCCCUCCUUUUCCAAAGCAUGAUAGACAGAUAAAGGAGCCUGGUGAAUGGCGGUGUAGACUUGGUUCUCCUCUCUCUUUCUACCUCCCCUCACCCCACACCUCCCUUCGACGCUCUUCCCCGACUACUUGACUCAAGUCUCCCCCCCCUCUCCCUCCGCCUGCUCUGGACAGAGCCUCAGAGCAGUUAUGUGGGAAGGGUUCGAAACCUGCUUGUAGAUAUUGUUCCUCUUUUCAAAUUUCAAUAAUGUCUCUUGUCGCUGAUGUCCAUAUGUGCUGCCCUUGUGUAUAUCCAGAAAGAUGGACUUUUGUUUUGGUUUUUGUUACUUUUCAGUUUCCUCCUUUUUAAGUUUGGGCUGAGCAAUGAAGUCAGAGCGAGGAGGAAGCCCCACAUUUGACUUGUUGUUUGAUCUGUUGUAUCUAUAUUGAUGAGAUGAUGAAACCCCUCUUGUAGAAUAUUUUGUAUUGCUCGCAUUGUAAGACAGUGAGAGGACGGAGGUGCAAUAUGAAGAGAAUUCAGCUACUGAAUGGAACCUCAGCAACUGCCCAUAGGGUGUCAUAUAAUAUAGAUACAUAUAAAUAUAUUUAAAGUAACAUCAGUAACUUAAUGUGAAUGUACAUAGUAUUUAAAGAGGUCCAAAAAUGUGUUUGCCAAAUAACAGAAACCUUUAAACUUUAAUGUCCAGAAUAUGAUUUUCUCACAGUUCAUUAGUUUUCAAAUUUAUCAACUUUCCCUUUUCAGACCAAUUAAAAGUGUCAUGUGACCCUGAGUGGACCCUAAAGUGGAUGCAUGCAGGACGGCAAUGCAUGUAGCUGAGAGUGGAUGAAACAGAUUAAGGGUGAACAGACACUACAUGACAAUUUCAACGAUCACUUAUUUAUUAUUUCCGCCCAUUAAACAUUUUGGAGAAACCCCAUCAAGACUAAAUUCAGUCAUUGUUAUUGCCUUCCUUCACCCUUGGUCCGUUUACAUCUUGCAGGAGGGGACCCAGCAUUAAAAAUUAAAUAAGCUCAAUAUAAUCAGAAGUUAUAAAUCAAUCAAUCAGCUCAGUUUCAGACUCAGUUCCUUCACACCAAAUUUAAAAACUGUCAUUUUCUCACCAUCCUUGCAGCCGCUGAACCAACCCUCUUUCUUGGUCCUCAUCAAUCUGUGUGUGAGUGUUAGGAGUGUUUUUUCCCCCCAAAGUGCAGAAAAACCAUCACAGCAGAAUUAACUUAUGUGCCAGAGUUAAGCUAGAGUCAAACUCCAAACCAGUUUUGAUACAGAAUCUUUCAAAUGUUGCUUUUUUUUUCACUGCUUGUUUGUCAUUUGGCAUCAGCUAAGGCUCCGUGACGGGUCUUUGUUUCCAGGCUCACAGAGUAGCAACGCCUCUUUAUGGAUUAUCUUCUUUUAUCAGCUCUUCCCACAUGCUCCGGCUUUAUGAUCACUUCUGGAAAACGUGUACGUUAAACAGCCUUGAGGCCUGUACGUACAGGAACAGAAGGCCUGUAGCAGCAGCAGCACAUUUUCAUCACACUGCAUUGUGGGCUUCGCACACUCGGACCAAACAUGGGAGAAAAAAACACACCUUUGUUUUUGCAGUGAAAAAAAAAACAUUUGUUCAUCAAUGGACGGAGAAAGCUAACCGUUUUUGGGAUUAUCUGAGACUUCAAAUUGCAUAAGCUACAAGGUACCCCUGCAUCUAUGUGUAGCAUUUAGCGCUAUAAUAACCUCGAUAUUGUGUUGACCACAGCCCUUGUGUGUCCGUUCCCCUGAUGUCUUGAUUCCUCUACUUCUCACAACCCCGCCCCCCCUCCCUCACACGAGCUACCUCCUGUGACCAUACAGCUAACCACCAGGAGAGGUUGACCUGGACUUUGAAAAGCUGGGCUGAAAGCAGACAUGGAGACAAAUUUUAAAAAGUGCUCAGUGAGCAAAGGAUGAAGAGUUGAGAAGCAUUGCCGUUACUGACGUAUACGGGACGAUUAUCAAACUGAUACUGCUGGAAUUUAGCGACAGGUACACAUAACACAGAAUAAACCAUGACAUGCCAUUGUUUGUCCAAAAACCAAUAAAAGCACAAACCAAAGUACUCCUGCAUUGCCAUAGUGUGGCUUUGACACAGUGUGUAUUCACAGACUAGAAGUAAUAAGGUUAGAGCUCCACUGCAGCACUUAACCAAAGUGUCUGAGAUACACACAAUCAGGGCGGAGGAGCGAGGAGCACGCUGCGUUACCUGGCUUACUCUCCAACGUGUUGACUUCUCCAUCAAGCAAUCAAAGCGCUUGUGGUCGACUCGUUGAAUAAUGCUUCUGUGCAAACUCGCUGGAGCAGUUCAUUUAGGAGAAGCCGACUAAUUGCGUGUUCUUACAGUUGCAAAGCCUUGUAGAGAUAAAACGACUACAUGGUGUGUGUGUUUGUGUGUGAGUGUGUGUGUGUGUGUGUUUUUGUAUUAGAUAAAUAUCCUUUCUUUUCGUGUCUCUGUGAAAACUACUUGAAACCUUCAGAGCUUUAAUGAAACAUCCCAGACAGACUACAGUGGCAAAUUGAUUCAGGAUAUGUAGCAGCAGCUUUGUGCAGUAAAACAACAUAUUCAACAACGUCCACGCUCAGAAAAAAAACAACACUGUAGUGGCAAUUCAUCUCAACUCUCUCAGUGCUUCAUGUGUGCACGUGUCUGUGAGUAAGCCCUAAGAUAAACUAAAAGAACCAAACCCAACACACCUGUUAUAAAUGACCAAAAUACAACCAAAAGCUACGAUGUUACCCUUCAGAUCUCACUCUGGUUUCGGUUUUUGUGUCUGUUGGCUUCAUUAUGUCAUGAAACAAAUGAGAUUCAUGCUGAGGUGUCGUACUCUUUUCUCUGUGAAGAUAUUAUUGAUGGCAAACGCAUAAGGGCUCUGCUGUUGUGAACACCAUCCUGUAAGGGUCUCUGAACACUUGACAUCAGCCACUUCUCUCUCGGUUUAUUAUGUACAUGAUGUGGGCACGUCUAGAAAAGACAAACACUGGCAGGUUGGCAUUUGUCUCUCCCUACCCCGACCAGUAAGUCUACCAAUGAAGAUUCAAGGCUCGUCUGAUGCGAUGGUGACUCGUCCUCCCUGUGAAACAGGUGCUGCGGUAGAAAGCUAAAGAGGCAGACGGUGGAUACAGUACGUGUUUUCACAGAAGCCAUGGCUCAGGAUGGUCCUGUUUUUACCUUUACAUGAAUUGAAAAAAGGUUUUAUAUGUGUAGGGGAGCGUUCUAUACUGUAUUGUGCAAUACAUUAUUACAGAAAAACACAUUUCUGUAGGAAGGUUGGCGCUUUGAAGAUCUUUCUCCUUUUGUUUAAGUUCCCUCUUCAGAAGGUCCUGUUGCCGUUUUUAGAUGAAGUUAACUGUGCCAGAAGAAUUAAAUUCUGAUUUGUAUUUAUUUCUUGCAUGCUUUCCUCCCUGUUGCUAAUACCGCUCUUUAACUGUUCGCUCUGUUGGAUGUGUGAAGCUGUAAAACAUUCUAAUUCAGGUUAUUGUCUGUGUUGAACAAUGUAACUGUGUAAUUAAAACAUGAAAUGAAGUAUU